GCAAAUAGAAGAAACCACUUAUAACCAGUGGAAAAUAGUUAUAAACAGGCAUAGUCAGAUACAAUACUCGCCCAUCUGCUUGUUUCUUAUCACACUGUUGGCAAACCAAUACUUGUCGCAGAUUGAAAAUGGGUGUGAUCAGUGAGGAAUCCAAUUCCUUCAAUACAACCUUGAUAUUCAACAUGGUUGAAUUGACUGCCCUAUAUUUUAUAUUUCUCAUUGCCUUUAUGAUAUGUUUAUUUUUCUAUAACAGAAAAGCAAUAAGCCGGUCUAACUUAAGCAAACGUUCUAUAUUGCCAUUACAUUCGUCAAACAAUCUUGUUCUUGAUCCUAAUAAUCCUAAUGGCAGUCGUGACAAUAAUAACAGUUCGCUGAGUAAUCGCGAUAAUGAUAAUAAUAAUAUCCAGUUGGACUUCAGUGAGAGUCCAAAUUUAGGUCAAAAUUUGCAUUCAAUUAAAACCAGCAACACUUUGAGUACUGAAACAACCAAUUUUGUUUCAACACAAAGAAAUUCAAUAAGAAUUUCUAGAAAUAAUAGCCUUUUUAAAAGUAAUGCUUUGAAUCCAAUUGAUGAUAAUUCCAACAAUUCCAAACCAAGUCCUGUGAAUGAAGCUAUCGCUUUACAAAAUUUGAAUAUCAGGCCACCUCAUUCAAGUGUUUAAUUUGUUAUUCCAUAAUUACAAAUAUAAGUUUGGCAGAUUUUGGAUUUGGAUUUG